AAAAUGGCGGCGCAGCGGGAAUUAAUCAACUGUCGUAUGUCAGACACAUGCUCCUUUUUUUCAUAAACAAAGUAUUGUCGCAUUGUAACAUUCUUAAGAAGCUUGACAAAGAAUUCUCUUGCGAAAGAGUCAACGGUGUUAAUGCGUGCAGCAUGCAAAUUGGAAUUGCAUCGAGUAACACUACUUGUAUUUGUCGCUCUUCUCUAAAGGAGGGGAGUUUGUGGGAAGGGAAUGGCGUCUUUAUGUAUAGGCUUUAUGCAGAGGUUAGUUGAUCGUAGUGCGUCGACAGGUUGUGAAAAAGUAACGUGUGUAAAUUUUAUCAAUGUUCUUGAUGCCGGAUUAAAUGACGUGAAUUAAUGUAAAUUAGUGAUUGAAAUUAAACGGUAAAAGUUAUAGAAAAUGUACAUCGUCGACGGGCAUCAAUGGCUUCGACGGACGUGAGAGCAGCGUGUUUCGGAUUAGUGUCGUUGACGUUUCUUGUGUCAGUGUCCUCGUCUCACUCCCUCUUUAAUCUCAACUCAUUUCAUCUUUGUCACGCGAACAAGUGUUUAGAAAAUAUCCAUCUCUCUCUAUCUACAGGAAACGUAUACGAUGCCAUAUGACAGGUACGGGAUGCAAGUGCUCAGAAACGAGGUCUUGAAUGGCUACAGAAUUUGACGAAAUUUUUUCGAUAAAUUCACUAAAAUAAAUGAAUCACGUAAUGAGGAUUACAGAAGAUCGCAAGUGUAGGGACGAGAACGAAGAUUUUCAUCACGUUAGUGGGCUAUGAGCGCUGACAAUGGGGACGACUCCUUGCGGGUAAUUGCAGAUUUUUUUGCGCAAGAACAAUUCCAAGGGGGAAAAAGAAAGAGAUAUUAUGGAUUGUAAAACUGGAUUAACCACUAUUAAACAAUUACAUAUCAUUUUUGGUUGUAAUGGGAAAAUUGUAUAACAAAUAAUGGAAACAUAAAUCAACAUUUGAGGAGGAGUGAAACUUUUGUGUGAAUUAUAAUUUUUUCUGUGGCGUAAUAAACGGGGUGUACAGAGGCAUCUUGAUUGUGGAUGCUGUGGCCUGUGUUGGGGGAUGAUGGGCUGAGGCCCUCGUCACCUCCGGGGGUGACAAAUGCAAAGGUGGCCAAUAGAUUGACCCCCCUUCUUUUUUGCGCCCCAUGUAAACCGACAUUAAGAAAAAAUCAAAGUUCAACUCAGUGGUAUGUGCAACAGCCCACGUGGCGUCUAUGGGGCGAGGAAAAAGGAGAUGAUGUUAUAUACACUGUGUACCUGAAAAAAGUCCGAUAUCAUAGACCUACUAGAAGUCUGUCAGCUUCGGAUUCAGAUGAUGAAAUUUCUCAUCUCGAAUGGGAAACGGUGAGGGUGAGAUUCCUAAAGGCCGGCACAGUUCAGAGAUUAGUUGAGAGUUUGGCUAACGAUGAUGGAGAACUUGAGUCGACGUAUAUCAAUGUUUUUCUUGCGACAUAUCGAGCGUUCACAACUCCACAAGAGGUUUUGGAGCUUCUACUUGUCAGAUACGAUUCCCUCGAUGAAAAUUCUGGAGCACUCACUGGCGAGCAACAUCGAAAAACUUUGGUUCAAGCACUUCAUGUAUGGUUGGACGCGUAUCCUGGCGAUUGGUGUACACCACCAAAUCAUCCACUUCUCAUGAGACUUUUAGAUUUUACGCAUCGUCGAUUGCCCGCCUCGGAACUUGAACUUAAAGCAAGGCAUCGUCUUCAUCGUUUUUCUCAACCAAAUGGCCAAAUAGACUCGUGUCAACCAUACGACAACAGUCGUUUGACCUCACAUGGAACGACAGAUGUGAUAAGCGAUCAUUGGCCGACCUACAUUUUUCCUGAGGUGCCCCAUCGACAUUUCGCUGAGCAAUUGACGCGAAUGGAUGCCGAGGUGUUUAAAAAACUUAUAGCACAUCAAUGUUUGGGUGCAGUGUGGUCGAGACGUGAUCGUUCGCGAAGUCAUGAUGCUGCAACUGUUUUGGCAACUGUCAAUCAAUUUAAUGCAGUCUCAUUACGUGUAAUUGCGACAAUUCUACAAGACUUAACAUUGAAACCACAUGAGCGAGCAAGAAUACUUGAAACAUGGAUUGACAUUGCUCAGGAAUUGAGAGUUGUAAAAAAUUUCAGUAGUCUCAAAGCCAUUGUCUCGGGACUUCAGAGUAAUCCUGUUUAUAGGUUGGAAAAAUGUUGGCAAUGUAUGCCACGUGAAAAACAUGAGGUAUUCCGAGAACUCGAGAGGAUAUUCUCAGAGGAAAAUAAUGCAUGGACACAACGAGAAUUACUCAUUAAGGAAGGAACAGCCAAAUUCGCUGAUACUGCUGGCAGAAGCGACAGGCAUUUACAAAAGAUAUUUCAAAAACAAAAUACUCACGCAGGAAAUAUUAGUUAUGGCACGAUACCUUAUUUAGGAACAUUUUUGACUGAUUUAACAAUGAUAGAUACAGCGAUUCCUGAUACGAUAGCGGGUGGACUUAUAAAUUUCGAUAAAAGAAGAAAGGAAUUUGAAGUGCUGGCGAGAAUAAGACUUCUUCAAGGAGCAGCGAAUGCAUAUAAUUUUAAUACAGAUCCAAUUUUCGAUAAAUGGUUUCAUUCUAUUGUUGUGCUUGACGAUCGAGAAGCGUACAAACUUAGUUGUCAAAUUGAAGUUCCACCGCCAGGAACAACUUUAAAUAAUCGAGUAAAAAAGAAACAGAAUCAUCAAGGUCAUCGGAAAAAUGAUUCGAUAGCAUCAACCUCGAGUUCGAGUAGUUCUCAGUUCUAUUGUGAUCUUGAUUCCUUGCCGAGUUCACCGCACAAUUCAUUGGAUCGAAGAACAUCGCCGUCACAAAUGUCCAGCUCGUCUUCCAGUUCUUCUCUUCCAUCGUUGGACGUGUCUCUUAGCUCAGGUGGUGGAGCAUCAUCGGGUCAGAAUUCACGUUUAGCGCCUCAAAUUGGAGUUACAACAAAUGGUGGUGGUAGUCCCAGUCAUCCUGGACUACCAAGUCCCAGUCAUUCGCAUAAAAGUUCACCAGAUUUUUAUAUUAUUAAAGUAACAAUGGAGAGUGACAAUGUCGAGACAGACGGUGUUGUUCUUUAUAAAUCAAUAAUGCUUUCAAACAAUGAGAGAACUCCACAAGUUAUUCGCAAUGCAAUGCUAAAAUUGGGCAUUGAGGGCAAUCCGGAUCAAUAUACAUUGGCACAAGUAUUACCAGAUCGCGAUAUGGUACUACCAACAUCGGCAAAUGUUUAUUAUGCUGUUAAUACGGCUCACAAUUUAAAUUUUAUCUUACGAUCGAGACGUGAUGUUAAUGACGGGACCACGGACAGUCCUAAAAGUAAAACGAAUUGUCACAAACGAUAAUAAUAAGUUGAGUAUUAUUGCAUUUAUAUAUGAAAAAAAUUAGGCAAUGCGCAUUAACUCAACGAGAGACUGUACCAAAUUUUCAAAAUAUCGUAUAUAAAUUAUGAAACUCUUUUUCUUUUGUUUUUGAACUGAUUUUCAGUUUUUAAUAGAAGAAAAACGCACAUUUUGCCAAACAUUUUUGAUGCCUUUUACGAAUCAAAUCUUUAAAUAGAUUAAAGGUGAUUCGUCGACUUUUUUCCAUAUCAUGACAUAUCGAUAUUAGUAUUGACGAUGUAGUUGUUAUAUUUGUAAAUCGAAACGCGUUUUACGAUCUAGUGUUAUAUAUAUAACAAAUCGAAUUUUCUUGUAUAUUUAUAUUUUUUUAGUGCAAUCAAGUCUCGAUCAAUUUUUUUUUUUCAAAAUUUAGACUUGAACUUUUUUUUUGGAGUUUUUUUGACUCGAACUAUUUCAAGUUUUAAAUAGAACUUUACGAGUAUUUCCAGUUUUAUGACUUGGAUUUUUCAAAAUUUGUAUAAUUGAACUUUUCGAAGUUUUUAUACAUCAACUUUUUAAAGUUUCAAAAAUGAAGUUUCCGAAGUUUCUAGAAUGAAAUUUUUUAAAGUUCUUUUUGAAUUCUUCUAAUUUUAGUUGAAAAUUUUUUUUCAAGUUCUCUUGAAUUGGAUUUUUUCAUUUUUUUAAAUUUCAUUGUAUUUUUACUUUGAUGUUUAAAAUUUGUAAAUUUUCAAAAUUCUUAAACUUGAAUAUUUCGUUCAUUAGAACUUGAAACUUUCUGAAAUUCUUGGAUCUAAAAUUUAUCAACUUUAAAGACAUCUGUGCUCUGUGUGUGAGAAAUGAAUCAAAGAAUGAUUGUGAAAAUAGAAUGAUAUAGAAUUCAACGAUUGUAAUUAUAAUAUCAAUGAUUUGUUUUAGUUAUAUUAAUUAAUUCACAUGAACAAUUGUGUAUAUGAGAGAAUAUUUAUAUUGCGCAAUUAACAUAGAAUAUUAUUUUUAUUAUAAUGCAAAAAAAAAAGAUUUUUAAAAUUUACAGAAAGAUUAGUAAAUACUUUUACUCAUUGAAAUAUCAAUUAAAAUUAAUUAUUAUAUAAUUUGUAAAUACAAUGCAAAUUAAUUAAUUUCGUAAUAAUAAUGUAAUAACUAAUUAAUUUAGUACUAAAUUAUUUAUUUAUUAUUACUUUUAUUAUGUGAAUUAUAUUUUAACUACUACAAGAAUUUCAAUGAUUAAACAUUUUUUUUUUUUAUUAGUUUUUACAAAAUUUGAAAUUUUGGAAAAUUGAUAAAAGUAUUUAAAGAAUAAUAUUCUUUAACUCAAAAUUAUGGUGUUUAGUAUGUGUUUGUUAUAUUUAUCAGAAGCUUAGUAAAAUUUACAAAUCAAUUGAUUUACUAAACUUUUUUAAUAAUAAAACGUAUUAUCUGUUAUUGAUCUUUCUGUAAAUUUUAUCAAAAAAAUUUUUGCGCGCAGGAUCGAAAACUUGUAAAUAUGAAUCAUCCAUAUAGGGCGUGUGUUGAUUGAGAAAACUGAAGGAAAAAGAUUAUAUUCUGAUUGUGUCUCGUCAAAACUAAAUCGAAUGCUUUAUCAAAUCACACAUGCAAAAUUUUUUUUUUAUUUUUCUUUAUUUUUAUAAAAGAAAAUUUUAUUAUUAUCAAUCAAUUUAUUUUUUGUUUGAAAUUUUUUGUUAUAUUUUAAGUUGUUUUUUGUUUCUUAAAAUUUCUAUUUGUUUUUAUGUUUAUUAUAUUUUUAUUUAUUAUUUAUUUUAUUUGAAUUUUUUAUUCUUUAAAUUUUUGUUUUUCUUAUUAUUAAUACUUUUCAUUUAUAUUACUUCUAUUUAUCAUAAUAUAUAUUUGUAAUUUAUUUAGGUAUGUUUCAAGUAUUUUUAUUUAUUUUUGUUUAUCUCUUCUGAUCAGUUUUCUCGAGUGUCACACCAAUUUUUUGUUAAUAAGUUCUAUUUUCGUUGUAAUAUAACGCUCCAUUUAUCCGGCGAAAAAGAUAAGAAAAAAAAAAAAAUUUUCUGUGAUACUGAAAUCGCUCUUUUUGGCCGCGUGAUAGAAUCUCAUACGAGAAAGAAUACUCAAAUACCUGAUCGGCUUUACGUAGAAGUUUGAAAAAAAAACCAUAUACAUAUUAUAUGCCUCUGGGCACCGUUUAGCGAGUUUAGAUACCGAGAGUCAAUUUAUAUAUAUAUACCAUUUUUAAUCGAGACCAAUUUUUCUUGGACUCAGAUUAUUAUCCAAAGUGUAUUAUACAACCAGACUAUGAAAUUAUCAAGAUCAGAGCGAAAGAAAAAUGUAAGAGAAUAAUUAUUUUUGCUUCGGUCUAUUCAACUCGGAAAAGUCUGGAUUCAGAGAAAAAGUGUUAGUCUUAGGCAAUUUUGUACUUACCUUCAUCAAUCAUUGUAUCUCACUAAUUUACUCAGUAUGUACACAACUUUUUUUUCCAUUUAACAAGAUCAAUCAAGUGACCAAGAAUUUGUCUUUAUUUCAUAUCCUUGAAUUUUCUUGUAUUUUUCAAUUUUAAUUGUAAUAUUCGUCGUUUAUUUUCGUAGAAAGAAUUUUUUUAUUGUGAUUUUAGUUUUCAAUUUUAUAAUAAUGUUGAUUAAAAAGAAAUGCAAACGUUUGUCAAAUUUAAAUUUUCUAAUUUGAAAUUAAAUUUUUUUUUCAAUUCAGGAAGUAAUUUAAUUUAAAUUAAUUUCCAUAUUUUUAAAUAUAAUUUUGCAGUAAAUUAGGAAAUUUAAAUUAGUUUGUAAAAAUUUUUAAAAUAUUGGUCGAGUGUUUUAAAAAAAAAACGCAAAAAACUGUGAUUUGAAAUUUAGAAAAUAGGAGAAAAAUGUUUUUUUUCACGUUUGAAAAGCAUCUUUCUCUCCACACAUGGAUUGCGGUUAUAAGCCAAUUGAGAUUAAUUAAAAAACAAAAAGACUUAAAGUUUAAACGAACGGAGAUUAUCAAAUUGGUUUGUGUUGGUGUAACGACUCUAUACCCACUUGAUGAGUGGACUUCCGGAACAGCAGCACUUCCGGCACGCGAACCUGUUGAGCUAGAAUCGAAUAUGUGUACCUAGAGCACUUCAGGUGCACUGGUUUACGUCCUGGAUCUAUAUACUAACGAGAUCGAAUCCACUGGACGAGAGCCAUUAAUGACUAAACCAUAUCAGUUAACGAAAUGAAGCAGGCGGUUAUUUCUGUUUAAGAUAGUGUGCUAUAAAGAUACAUUAAGUGCUCGGAAAAAUUUUAUUAAAUAAAAAAAAGUGAGAAAAUAUUAUGAGAGGUCAGUAAAAAAGUCAAAUUUUUCAAAAUAGAGUAAACUUUUUUUUUAAUUUAUAAUUUAAAAAAAAUUUUAAACUCUAAAUUAUAAAAAAUUUGAUUUUAUUAUUUUUUUCUAAACUAUAAUUUAUAUAUUCUUAUUAUUAUCAUUAAUAUAAUUAACAUUAAAAAUAUUAAUAACACUGUUUAAAAAACAUA